CGUUUAGAAGGGGGCUGGAAAUAAUAGCUUUAAGAUUUGGGCUUUCUUCGGGGCUUGCAGAGGACAUGCGACGCGGAGCAGAGUGCCGGGCCUCGGGAGCCAGCGCCGGUUAAUUAGGCUAAGUAUCAAAGUGCAGCGUUAUAAGGAUUCCUCUUACCUUCCAAUGGGUUUUGUGUAAAGAAAUAUUGGUGUGGGAGGAAAGAGAAUCUGACCAGUCUUCCCCCAUAGUCAUCUGCAUCUCUUAGAUUUUUUUUCUCCUCCCUUUAAACUCUUCUUUAACAUAUUGGGUUAAGGCUUUAAAAAGCAAAGGCUCGCGCUAAGAAACCCUGUUCCUUCAAUGAUUCCCUAUUUCAAAUAAAAGGAUUUAAGUUGACGUAUGACCACGUGAGCACAUAAUACAGCGCAUUAUUGUGGCAUUUGGAGUGGAGACCCGGUCUGGCUCCGUCUGCGAUUACGCUUUUCCAGUUUCUGUUCAGAGCAAGCACUGCUUUCUAUUAUUUUUUUUUCCCUCCUGCCCCCAUCACCGUCCCCACAAGAGCUGGCCAUUUCGCUGACAGCUUUCGUUCCUUAUGGAAAGGUUAUUGUCGAGCCGAGAGGACGAAAUGCUUCGUUAGAAAGGAUGGAUUUUAUUUUAAGGUAGGAUCUGGCUGAUUCCACGAAAAGUUAGUGUCUUGAAAAUAACUGCUGAAAAAAACAAACCAACGACCGCCCCUGCUGGCCUCUCUGGAGGGGCUUUGAGCGGCGCCGGGCGCAGUUGAGGCCGGACCCACUCGCGAGUGGGAGGCAGGCUCGGGGGCUCCGUGGAACGGCCCAAGCCGCGCUCCAGGACCGAGAGGGAGCCGCUGCGGGCGGCGGGCGGGGCUCGCCCGGGCAGAAACCACUGCUGCCAGGGUCUGCCCGGAGAGGCCAUUGGAGGAAGAGUGCCACGUGACAGAGGGGUGCCAAUGUUAUUCUCCAAGGGUGUCAAGACCCUGUCAGUUUGCGAAAUAAAUAUUGGGAAACAACGAAAUGCAAAAAGCGACCUACUACGACAGCUCUGCAAUCUAUGGUGCCUACCCCUACCAAGGAGCAAAUGGUUUCACUUAUAAUGCGAGUCAGCAGCAAUAUCCUCCAUCUUCAUCACUUGUGGAAACUGAGUACCACCGCCCCGCGUGCUCCCUCCAGUCCCCUGGCAGCUCUGUGUCCCACCACAAGGCCAAUGACAUCAGUGAGAGUUGCAUGAGGACCCUCCCCAGCCAGACUCUCCAGCCCCCCAGCCUCGCUGACCCACAGGCUCCACCGCAGCCGCCUCCAGCCCAGCAGUCACAACCUCCACCUCCGGCCUCCACCUCACCAUCUCAAAAUGCCAGCAGCAACCCUGCCCCGGCCAACCCUACCAAGAGCCCAGCUCUUAACUCACCCACCGUGUCCAAACAGAUAUUCCCAUGGAUGAAGGAGUCUCGGCAAAACACAAAGCAGAAAAACAGCAGUUCCAGUUCAGGUGAGAGUUGUGCUGGUGAUAAAAGCCCUCCAGGGCAAGCCUCCUCUAAGCGAGCCCGUACAGCUUACACAAGUGCCCAGCUGGUAGAACUGGAAAAGGAGUUCCACUUCAAUAGGUACCUUUGCAGGCCACGAAGGGUAGAAAUGGCUAAUUUGCUCAAUCUCACAGAAAGACAGAUCAAAAUCUGGUUUCAAAAUCGCAGAAUGAAAUACAAAAAGGAUCAAAAGGGAAAGGGUAUGAUGACCUCUUCAGGAGGACAGUCCCCAAGCAGAAGCCCUGUCCCUCCAGCUGCUGGGGGAUAUCUAAACUCUAUGCAUUCUUUAGUAAACAGUGUCCCCUAUGAACCCCAGUCGCCUCCACCAUUUAACAAGCCUCAUCAAAACACCUAUGGCAUCCCUGCAUCGUAUACUGCUCCUCUUAAUAAUUGCCCACCUCCUCAAAAGAGAUACACGGGGACAGCAGCUGUGACACCUGAAUAUGAUACUCAUCCUCUUCAAGGCAACGGUUAUGGGAAUCCACAUAUACAGGGAAGCCCCGUCUACGUAGGGGGCAACUACGUGGAGACCAUGACCAAUUCUGGGCCUUCCAUCUUUGGUCUAACUCAUCUCCCUCAUCCUCCCUCUGCCAACAUGGACUACAGCGGGGCUGGGCCAAUGGCCAACAAUCACCACCAUGGACCUUGUGAUCCACAUCCAACAUACACAGACCUUACCGCUCACCAUCCUUCUCAGGGAAGAAUUCAGGAAGCGCCCAAACUCACUCAUCUGUAAGAGACAGGAGUCACUAAGAGGAACAGCAAGCCCCCAAGUUUUGGAAAGUACUCACCCCUUCCCUUCUCUCUCCUCCCCCCAACAUGUGCCCUCCCCUUCCCUUCUCGUUUCUUUUGUUCGUUUUGGUUUGUUUUGUUUCCUUUCGUAAAAGCGUUUUCUAGUUUAUGUGACGUAGCAAUAUUUGUUGCUUGAAUUGCUCUAUAGUUUCACUAGUGGAUAUUUAUCUUCUUGAACUGUAGCCUUGUGUCUCACUUUGGGAGUAUGCAGAGGCUUUAUACUUUACCUUCUACACUUUUAUCAAAACAGGGUAUAUGAACAAAUUUUCUAUAAAAGGAAUUCUUAAAUGUGAAUUUGUUCGUACAUGAUUGAUCCCACGGGGAAGCAAUUUUUUUUAUUGCACUUCUUUUAAAUAGCAAGAAAGACAUCAAAAGCGCUUGGACAGGGACUUCCUGGACAAUUAUUGAUACGUGUAAGUCUUUCAAUGUGUGUAUGCUGGUGAACAUUCAGAUUUAUUUAUAUUUUUUUUUUCGCAAACAUUGAAUAAUCUAAGUGUUUAAAAUUUUAUUUAUCC